UUUUUAAAACGCUGGGGUUGUUGGAGUGGUUGAAUUUUUCCUGGAUUUGAGUGAGAAAUUCAGAAGACUGAAGCCCAGGCUCACUGUCUACCUUUCACGGAGGCCCAGCCGUGAGAGGACAGAAGAAGGCACGUGGCGAAUCAUGACAGCGGACAAAGAAAAAGACAAAGACAAAGAGAAGGACAGGGAUAGAGACCGGGAUAAGGAGCGAGACAAGAGAGACAAGGUGAGGGAGAGUGAGAACUCGCGUCCUCGACGGAGCUGUACAUUGGAAGGAGGUGCCAAGAAUUAUGCGGAAAGUGACCAUAGUGAAGAUGAGGACAAUGACAACAACAGUGCCACCACAGAGGAGUCCACAAAGAAGAGCAAAAAGAAACCACCCAAGAAGAAGUCCCGGUACGAGAGAACAGACAACGGUGAAAUAACGUCCUUUAUCACAGAGGAUGAUGUUGUAUACAGGCCUGGAGAUUGCGUAUAUAUUGAAAGUCGCCGGCCGAAUACCCCGUAUUUCAUCUGCAGCAUUCAAGACUUCAAACUGAGUAAACGGGACCACCUCCUUAUGAAUGUCAAAUGGUACUAUCGCCAGUCUGAAGUCCCAGAUUCAGUCUAUCAGCAUUUGGUUCAGGACAGACACAAUGAGAAUGACUCUGGACGAGAGCUUGUUAUUACAGACCCAGUUAUCAAGAAUCGAGAGCUCUUCAUUUCAGAUUAUGUUGACACUUACCACGCUGCUGCCCUCAGAGGGAAGUGUAAUAUCUCCCAUUUCUCUGACAUAUUUGCUGCUAGAGAGUUUAAAGCCCGAGUGGAUUCAUUUUUCUACAUACUGGGCUAUAAUCCAGAGACAAGUUUUGAGGUUGUGAAUGCUAAAUGA